GGGGCAAAGCAGCCACACAGCUCCCAGCCAGCCCGACUCUGGGCUCUGAUUCUCUCUCUCUCUCCAUGCAGGCUCUCGGGGGCACCAUGAAUCUCUGGGACACCCGGGCCAAGCACCUGGAUAACUACAUCGAGAAUCAUCUCCUGCCUGAUACCACUUUCAAGAAAGAGAUCGGAAAUGCUAUCCACAUCAUCGCCUCCUUCCUAAAGGAGAGAUGUUUCCAGGAGAAAAAGAAGUUAGUUCGGGUGUCUAAGGUUGUGAAGGGAGGGUCAUCAGGGAAAGGCACAGCCUUGAAAGGGUGCUCCGAUGCAGACCUGGUCGUAUUUCUCAGCGAUCUCAAAAGCUACCAGGACCAGAUAGACCGGCGAGGGGAGUUCAUUGACGAAAUCAGGAAACAGUUGGAAGAAUGCAAGCGUGAGAAAGAGUGGAUGUUUGACAUAAAAUUUGAGGUCAACAAAUGGAGCAAUCCUCGAGUUCUCGGCUUCACCAUGAGGUCGACCAAGAUCAGCCAGUGGGUGGAAUUUGAUGUGCUUCCAGCCUUUGAUGUUCUCGGCCAGGUGACUGAAAACCUCAGACCUGACCCCCAAGUCUACAUCAAACUUAUAAAUGGACCCUGGAAUGGGGGGGAAUUCUCCACCUGCUUCACAGAACUCCAGAAGCGUUUCCUCAAACAGCGCUGCACCAAGCUCAAAAGUUUGAUCCGAUUGGUGAAACACUGGUACAAAAUGUGCAAAGAGAAAAUGGAGGGCUCUCUCCCCCCUCAGUAUGCAGUGGAACUCCUGACUGUCUAUGCCUGGGAGCAGGGGAGCAAGUUAGAUCAAUUCUCUACAGCUGAAGGCUUUCUGACAGUCCUAACCCUUAUCAAGAAGUACCAAGAGCUCAUGAUCUACUGGACUGUCAACUAUGAUAUUCAUAAUGAGACCAUUGCAAAUCACCUUUAUCACCAGCUCCGGAAACACAGGCCAGUGAUCCUGGACCCAGCUGAUCCAACUGGUGAUGUAGGGGGUGGAAAGAAAUGGUCCUGGGACAAGCUGGCACAAGAAGCUGAACUAUGGUCAACUGCUUCCUGCUUUCAAAACUUGGAUGGGAGCUUUGUGCAGCCAUGGAACGUGCCAGUGGAGCAGACCCUGAAGGAAAGCAAGGGCAUCUUGCUACGCUGUCAAAGCCAGCCCGCGGCCCAGGAAGCUCAGGCCUCUCUCAGAACGCUGCGCGCGGAAAGCCGAGCCAUGGGCCUGGCCGGGACGCCCGCCAGGGACCUGGACAAGUUUGUCCAGGAGGAUCUCCUGCCGCACAGAGACUUCCUGGAUCAGCUGAGCCAGGCGGUGAACACCAUUUGCAAGGUGCUGCGGGAGAAGUGCUUCCAGAACUCCGCUUCCAGGGUCCGGGUGACCAAAGUCCUGAAGGGUGGCUCCUAUGGCCGGGGCACGGUCCUGAGAGGCGGCUCUGAUGCAGACCUUGUCGUGUUCCUCAGCUGCUUCAAGGCCUUUGCCGACCAAGGGGCCUGGCAGCCAGAGAGCUUCACGGAGAUCCGGGCACAGCUGGAAGCCUGCUGGCAGAACCAUCCCCAGAGCUUGAGUCUUCAGUUCCCUGCCCAGAAGGAUGCUCGAGCUUUGAGAUUCCGACUCAUGUCGGCGACACAACACAACUGGAUGGACGUGUCCCUGAGGACUGCCUUUGAUGCCCUGGGACAGCUCAGAUCGGACUCCAAGCCCAGUCCCCAGGUCUAUGCAGACCUUAUUAACUGUGGGUCCCCAGCUGGUACGUACACUGCCUGUUUCACCGAUCUGAGGAGGCACUUUGUCAACACUCGCCCCUGCAAGCUGAAGAAUUUGAUCCUCUUGGUCAAGCACUGGUACCUUCUGGUGACUGAGACUCAUCAAAAGAAGCUUCAAUCAACAAAGGCUUCUCUGCCCCCAGUCUAUGCUCUGGAACUCCUAACCAUCUAUGCCUGGGAAAAGGGGUGUGGGAAAGCAAAGUUCAACAUUGCUGAAGGCUUCAGAACGGUGCUGGGGCUAAUUCAGAAAUACCAGGAGCUCUGUAUUUACUGGGAAGUCAACUACAGCUUUGAGGAUGAAAUUGUUGGGCCCUUCCUAAGAAACCAGCUCAAGAAACCCAGACCUGUGAUCUUGGACCCUGCUGAUCCAACCUGGGAUGUAGGACGUAGAAAUGGUCAGAACUGGGACCUGCUGGCCCAGGAAGCUAAGUCUUGCUUGUCUUAUCCCUGUUUCGUACAAGGAGAUGGCUCCCCUGUACAACCCUGGUGCGCUCUGGGACUUCUGGCUCUAAGAACAGAAAGUAAAGUAGGAGAUCGUGUGGAGAAGGAAAAUGGGGUGCCAAGGAGUAAUGGCAGCUGUGCAAAUACCAUCCCUAAAAGUCCAGGAUCCUCAAACGGAGAGACAUCCAAGCAGAAGCCUGACCCUGGGAGGACUACCAAAAAUGCUGAUCCCAACAGGACAGACCUAACUCUUUACCACAUCCCAGCCAAAGACCUGGAUAAGUUUAUACAGAGUUUUCUCCAACCUGAUUCAGGUUUCCAGGAGCAGAUGGGAAAAAUCACAGACAUGAUCUUCAAGUGCCUCCGGGAAAAAUGCUUCCGAGCAUCUUCUCCCACCAUUCGGGUGCUGAGGGCCAGUAAGGGUGGCUCCUAUGGCCGGGGCACGGUCCUGAGAAGUGGCUCUGAUGCGGACCUUGUCGUGUUCCUCAGCUGCUUCAAGGCCUUUGCUGACCAAGAGGCCUGGCAGCCAGAGAGCUUCACGGAGAUCCAGGCCCAGCUGGAAGCCUGCUGGCAGAACCAUCCCCAGAGCUUCAGCCUCCAGUUCUCUGCCCAGGAGGAUGCUCGAGCUUUGAGAUUCCAACUCGUGUCGGCGACACUCCACAACUGGAUGGACGUGUCCUUGAGGCCUGCCUUUGAUGCCCUGGGGCCUCUCAAUCCUGGCUCCAAACCUAGACCUCAGGUCUAUGUAGACCUCAUAAACAAUGGCUCUCCAGCAGGCACCUACUCCACGUGUUUUACUGAACUCCAGAGGGAUUUUGUCAACAGUCGCCCCUGUAAGCUAAAGAGUCUCAUCCUUCUAGUGAAACACUGGUACCAGCAGGUUGCAUCUGAGGACAAGGCAGGACAAGAUGAUGAGUGUUUACCUCCAGUCUAUGCCCUGGAACUUUUGACUAUUUACGCCUGGGAGCGAGCAGGCAAGAAAAACAAAUUCCACAUGGCUGAAGGCUUCCUGACGGUCCUGGGCCUAAUCCGGGACUACCAGCAGCUCUGCAUCUACUGGACAAUCAACUAUGACUUUGAAGAUAAGACUAUCAGGAAGUGCCUGCAAAAACAGCUGCAGAAGCCCAGGCCCCUGAUCUUGGACCCAGCUGACCCAACCUGGAAUGUGGGCCAGGGAAAUUGGGAGAGGCUAGCCCAGGAAGCUGAAACCUGUGGGUGUCUGCCCUGCUUUGUAAAUGGGGAUGGUUCUCCAGUACAGCCAUGGGAUGUGAUGCCAGCCCUGCUUCAACAGACUCCAUCUUGGCAGCUGGACAGUUUCAUCAGCAAAUUCCUCCAGCCCAACCGAGAAUUCCUGGACCAGGUGAGCAGAGCUGUGGACAUCAUCUGUUCCUUCCUGAAAGAAAACUGCUUCCGGAAUUCAUCCACCAAGGUGCUCAAAAUAGUCAAGGGAGGCUCCUCUGCCAAGGGCACUGCCCUGUGAGGUCGAUCUGAUGCAGAUCUCAUAGUGUUCCUCAGCUGUUUUUGUGGAUUCUCAGACCAAGGGACCAGCCGGGCAGAAAUCAUCACAGAAAUCCGAACCCAGCUGGAAGCGUGCAGACAGGAAAAGCAGUUUGAUGUGAAGUUUGAGAUCUCCAAGUGGGAGAAUCCCCGGGUACUCAGCUUCACCCUGACAUCCAAGACUCUGGACUACAGCGUAGACUUCGAUGUGCUUCCUGCCUUUAAUGCUUUGGGCCAACUAAGCUCAGGCACAAAGCCCAAGCCCCAGGUGUACAUUGAUCUCAUUGACAGCUACAAUAAUGGAGGUGAAUUCUCCUCCUGCUUCACGGAACUGCAGCGGGAUUUUGUUAUCUCUCGUCCUACCAAGCUGAAGAGUCUGAUCCGCCUGGUAAAGCACUGGUACAAACAGUGUGUGAGAGUUCCCAAAGGGAGAGGAGCACUCCCUCCACAGUAUGCACUAGAACUCUUGACCAUUUAUGCCUGGGAACAAGGGGAUGGAACAGCACAGUUCAAUAUGGCUGAAGGUUUCAGGACAGUCCUGGAACUGGUCCAGAAUUACAAGAAUCUUUGUAUCCACUGGAAGGUCAACUAUGACCAUGAGAAUGAGAUCAUCAAGAAUUUCCUAACUCAGCAACUCCGGAAACCCAGGCCAAUCAUCCUGGAUCCUGCCGACCCAACUGGGAAUCUGGGCCAUGGCACCCGCUGGGACCUAUUGGCAAAAGAAGCUGCUAACUAUGCAAAUUCUGUAUGCUGUGCUAACACAUCUGGGGACUUUGUCCAGCCCUGGGCAUUGAAGGUCUCUUCAUGAAUCUGGAAUAUCCUGCCUCUGAACCCUAAACUCAUCAUCAUAUGAACUGCCUGGCUAUCAUCUCUUUUGCAGAGCUGGGAUGCAAGAUUAUCUACCGGAUGUGUGUGCAUUGGCUUCCUUGAGGGAUUCCCUCCUAUAUAUAAAACCCCAGCUCUACUCACCUCUCCAUUUCCCCCAUGGAUUGUUUUAUCUAUGUAUUAUUCUCUCUGAGCUCUAGUGUCAAUCCUUUCCCCAUUCUCUCACCCUUCAAAGGUGGUCCUUACUAAUGCUCAACUAUUUUCUUCUCUACGUUGUCUUCUUCAAAGAGUUCUUCCCAUAGUAUCAGUUAUCAUCUUUGCAGAUGACACCAAACUACCCAGCUCCAGCCCUGCUCUCUAUCCUGAACUUUACUUGGGUGACCCAUUGAUACCUCAAAUUCAGCAUGCUCAAAGCUGAAUCACAAGAUGACAGACUUGCAGGCACAAAGAUCUGGGUUCGAAUCCUUCCUCUAUCAUUUUCAUUAGCUACAUAAUUAUGGGCAAGUCAUUUCAUUUCUCAGAGAGUACAUUUCCUUAUCCAUAAAGUGGAGACACAAUUAUAUUCAUAGCAUCUAUCUUGAGCAGCUAAGUGGUACUGUGGAUAGAGUACAUUUAGGGUCUGGAUUCAGGAAGAUCUACAUUAAAAUCUAGCCUCAGACUCUAGUUAUGUGACCCUGGGCAAGUCACUUAACCCUGUUUGCCUUAG